AUGGGGCAGUGCCUGAGCGGCGGUCGGUCCUGCCUCGAUGUCCCGGGCCGGCUCCUGCCGCAGCCCCCGCCGCCCCCGCCGCCGGUGAGGAGGAAGCUCGCGCUGCUCUUCGCCAUGCUCUGCAUCUGGCUCUACAUGUUCCUGUACUCGUGCGCUGGUUCUUGUACCGCCGCUCCCGGCCUGCUGCUCCUGGGCUCGGGGUCGCGCGCCGCUCAUACUCAACCAGCCCUGGUCACAGCUCCGAAUGAAACAUCCCCUAAGAUGCCUUUCCGAGGAUCUCCGGCCAAUUCACUGGCUGCAAGCAAGGAUAAGACAGUAGGCACCGGGAGCCAGGAGGAGCUGAGUCCAGAGGCGCCGGACUCCCCUAGUCCCAUCUCCAGCUUCUUCAGCGGCUCCGGGAGCAAGCAGCUGCCACAGGCCAUCAUCAUCGGCGUGAAGAAGGGCGGCACGCGGGCGCUGCUGGAGUUCCUGCGCGUGCACCCCGACGUGCGCGCCGUGGGCGCCGAGCCCCACUUCUUCGACCGCAGCUACCACAAGGGCCUCGCCUGGUACCGGGACCUGAUGCCUAGAACCCUGGAGGGACAGAUCACCAUGGAGAAGACGCCCAGCUACUUUGUUACCAGGGAGGCACCCGCACGCAUCUCAGCCAUGUCCAAGGACACCAAGCUCAUCGUGGUGGUGCGCGACCCCGUGACCAGGGCCAUCUCAGACUACACGCAGACGUUGUCCAAGCGGCCGGAUAUCCCAAGCUUCGAGAGCCUGACGUUCCGCAACCGCAGCGCGGGCCUCAUAGACACGUCGUGGAGCGCCAUCCAGAUUGGCCUGUAUGCCAAGCACCUGGAGCCCUGGCUGCGCCAUUUCCCUCUCAGCCAGAUGCUCUUUGUGAGCGGGGAGCGGCUGGUCAGCGACCCAGCAGGUGAGCUGCGCCGCGUGCAGGAUUUCCUGGGCCUCAAGCGCAUCAUCACUGACAAGCACUUCUACUUUAAUCAGACCAAGGGCUUCCCGUGCCUCAAGAAGGCGGAGGGCAGCGGCAAGCCACACUGCCUGGGCAAGACCAAGGGGCGCGCGCACCCCGCCAUUGCGCGCGAGGUGCUGAGGCAGCUGCGUGACUUUUACAGGCCCUUCAACCGCAAGUUUUACCAGAUGACUGGCCGCGACUUCGGCUGGGACUGAGUCUUCCCUCGCGGCUUAUCUAUUAAGAGAGAGUAUAUGUAUGUAAAAUGUACAGAAAUCUAUUUUAUAAUAAUUUAUUUUUAAUUCACGAGCAAUUAAUUCACUAAGCUGCCUAGCCACGCUCUGCAGAGACUUCGAGUCACUGUCUGUUAACAUUCCAAAGUGUUUAACUCUGAUAUUUUGUCCUGUCCUUCACAAUCGAUGGUGCUUCCAUGUUCUCCUCCCUUCCUCAUUGUAUUUAAGAAGAAGAAAAGCACAACUUGAGAUUUUUGUUACGGGUAUUCAGCCUUCAAUCACCUUGGGUCCUCCACCUGCUAUCUCCUUGGGUCUUGGCUGCCUCGGUUGGUUGUAGUUUUUUGUUGGUUUGUUUUGUUUUGGCCCGGAUACCUCCCGGAAGCACUGAGCUGCCUCAGCUUGCUGUAGUCUGAAGGUGGAAUUCACAUAAGCAGUUCCUCAUCCUCACUGAUGUAACACCAAGGUGGGUUUCUCCUGCCUCCCUUUCAGGGAACCAUGUCCUUAUGACCCCAAGUCCUCUUCUGCUCUAACCCAUGUCCAUUAGCCAGCUGGAAGUAUAUGCAAACAAUCUACCCCUUUCCCAGGUCCCAAGUGAGACACUUGAGUUUGAAGAAAAAAAAAAAGGUGAUGUCUUUAUUUGCAGAAAAGCCCUGCCACACCCCUUUCUUUAGUCAGACUAUUCUGCUAUGACACACCAAAAAGUCUCCCAGGCUUCCAUACAGAGCCACUGGCACAAACCUAGGGUGCUGGAUGUUGAGACCCACAGGGUCCCUUGACAUCAGCAUUUAUGGAGGUGAUGCAAUGUGUAGACCCACCUAGUGUUGGCCAGUAGGUUCAUGGCCUCAGUAGAGAGAAAAGCCAAAACACUCAGACAUAUGCAAGCAGCAUGGCCGAGGAACGGGAUGCCCAGAAUUGCAGGCAAAUGCCUCUGAAAAUUUUAGCCCAUCUCAGAGAUGCACAUGGUCUGUAGGCAAUGACCACAGCAGGGCUUGAAGGACGGUCCUAGUGAGCCCAGGAUGGGAAAGCUGGCUGCAUGCUGCCUG